AUGCUGCCGGCCUCCAAGGACUGCCGCACCAUACACGUCCAGCCUGGCCAGCUCAUUCAGGACGCGAUCAACGCGGCUUCUCGGGGGGAUCGAAUCCUCGUUGAAGCCGGCACCUACGCCGAGCAGCUGACAAUCGAGAAAGACGGCAUUGCCCUGGUCGGGUUGGGCGCCAUCCUCGUUCCCCCUACCACCGCUGUUACAAAUCACUGUUCUAACCUGACCGGUCCCGGUACGGAGGCGGGCAUCUGCGUAAUGGGGUCUGAGAUUGACUUGGCCCCGUUCCUGGUCGAACACCGGAAGGUCCUCUCAGCAGGAGAGCCGGUAAAGGACGUGUUAAUUACGGGUUUCCAAGUCAGCAACUUCUCCGGCGCGAACAUAGCCGUGGUCGGGGCCCAGAACGCUCGGGUGACGGGAAACAGGCUCACCAACGGCCACCUGUACGGGUUCCUCACGGCUGGCUCGACCAACACCCGAGUCGUCGACAACACCGUGGUCUCAUCGACGAAGCUGGGGUUCAUCGGCAUCUGCAUGGACGACAUGGCCGGUCACAACGUCGCACUCUGUGUCCAGACCCCGGGCGCAAACGUGCAAUAUAAUGAUGUCAGCGACAGCUGCAUCGGCGUCUUUGUCGAUCCUAGCUUCGAUGGCGUCAUGGUCUCACAUAACCAUGUCAGCGCGACGAAUCCUAGCCGUCGACAGCUGCCGACAGAUGUUGCCUUUGGCACCUACGGAAUCAUCCUCGACGGCGCCAUCAAUGCUAAGGUCUGGGACAACCUCAUCGAGCGACAGACCAAUGGCGGCCUCGCUGCAGGCCUGGCUAUUAUCGACGAUUCAUGUAUUAAUCCUGAUCUUUCCCUUUCAUGCAGUCGUCUUCGCACCAAAACUGUAGCCGCAGCUAACGUGGUUGUCCAAAACAUCUUGCGCGAUAACGACCUCGACCUGUUUGUUAAUACCACAGGCACUAGCAACACGAUUGCCUGCAACAAAUGCCUGACACCAAAAGAGCUCUGCUUGAAAAUGAGGGUAAAUGGUGCGUAUAAGCCGAGUAUGUAG